GUAGAUCAGAUUUACCAUCGGAGCUUUAGAGAGAGAAAGAGAGAGAGAGAGAGAGGAUGUCUCACAGUCACGGGAACGCUUCGUCGGCGAACGAUCCACGGCAACCAUCGGCGGCGAAACCUUACACUCCACGGCCUGUAGCGCCGGAGGAUCUUCCCGUUGACUACUCCGGAUUCAUCGCCGUUAUCCUCGGCGUCUCCGGCGUUAUGUUCAGGUACAAGAUAUGCUCGUGGCUUGCAAUUAUAUUCUGUGCACAAUCUCUCGCCAACAUGAGGAACUUGGAAAAUGAUUUAAAGCAGAUCUCCAUGGCUAUGAUGUUUGCUAUAAUGGGAUUGGUUACAAACUACUUAGGGCCUAAUAGACCCGCGACAAAGAAAUAAUCCUUAUGUUUAAGAGGGUAACCAAGUACUCUGCUCGCCUUUUAUCAACCUUGUUUGGUUCUUGUUUCCGCACCAGAGAUUGCUAGUUAUUUAUUUUUGUGUUUCGACUCUCUAAUCUUUGAGUAACAAACUAGAACCCUGAGC